AUGAGCUUUGAAACCACAGCAUUCACUUUCUUCAUCAUCCUUCUAAUUUGCCUCAGUUGCAUCUUCUUUUUAUUGGUGUUUAUUUUAUAUAAAUGUUCCCAAAGCAGGACAGAUGAAGAGACAGAAAAAGGUCCUUGUAUAGAUGCUAAUGGAGGUGAUGAUUGUACAGCUGCUAAUACAGAGAUGAACAAUUCAGGAGACAAAGAAAACCUUGCUGAUUGAUUUUCUAGGACUCUUGUACCCACGAGGCCUGGCAUUCUUGUCCAGAGACGGAGUAAAGCAGUGGUGGCCACACCCUUAGGAAAUGGAGAGGAUGUGAAAGAUGAAGAGGAGGACAAAAUAAAAGAGAAGCAAAAGGCUGAGAAUGCUGGAGAAAAUGGUCAAGAGGAGAAUGACUAUUUGCAAAAACCACCCAUACCUGUCACUGGAAGUCCUUCAGUUGUUGAUAACCAUAAAAGACCUUUAAAAGGAGUGACAUUUUCUAAGGAGGUAAUUGUUGUGGACCUUGGAAAGGACAAUCUUAUAACUCGAAGCUAUACUCGAUUACAUAAAGAGAGAAAAUGA